AGAUUUUCUAGCAGUGAAAUUUCCGCAAAAGAAAAGUCCAUCAAGGAAAAAAAAGCGGCUACCCCGGAAUCGACGAAACCGACUUCGGAACAGAAGACCACACAAGAACCGGUUGAAACAAAGCCCGAUAAAACGGAAUCAGAAUCACAUAAUUCGGCUAAAAAAGGUGGUUUUGGGUUUGGUAAAGCCUUGUUUGGUAUAACACUCUUGGGUGGAAUUUCCUAUGGUGGAGCUGUAUAUUAUUCGUUAAAGGAUGAUGGUUUCUGUUCUUGGUUCACGAGCAAUGUUUACGGAGCAGAACAGGUCGUAGAAUAUGUGGAGGAUCUCCAAACUCAAGGGACCUUUAACCGAAUUGAAAGCAACGCAAUUAAGUGGCGCGAUAAUUUUUACGAAAAAGUUUCAGGCAUCUUUGGUUCUCCUACACCACCCGAGAAACCUUUGCCUUCUGAGAAGUCGCCCGAUGUGGUUCCCAUAACGCCCAAAGAGAUCAAUAUAAAACUAGCCGAAAGGGAUGGUGAUGAAAUCUCCGAGGAAAUUAUAUCCACCGAGGAACCCAUCAUUCGUAAACUCGCAAAUACCCUCAGCGAAUUGGAUGCUAUUCUGAGAAAUUAUGAUAUAAAAGACAAGGGUGAGGGCAUUUUAAAAAAGGCCAAGGAAGAGUUAAUCGAACUUAACAAUCAUAUCGAGACUCUUAAAAUUGAAUCGCAAGAUGAAUUACAAAAAAAUUUAUCUGAACUGACGCAGAAAUUCAACAAGACGGUGGCCGACUAUGAGCAAAAUGUGGAUGAUUACAUCGCGGAGAAAGUAGUUUCCAUAAAACAAGAUUUUAAGCAGGAAAAACAAAAACUUCAUGAGGAACACUACGAAAAACUUAACGCCAGGCUUAAACAAGCAGCGGAAAAGCAUGAGAAAGAGUUAAAAGACGAGCUCGUUCGGCAGGCUGUUGAUAUGCAUCGUCGAUGGAUUAGAGAAGUACUUGAACGUCUGAGCGUGGAUAACGUCGAACGUUUAGAUAACAAUGAAGUGGUGACAACGGUUUUGUCAACGAUCGAUGAUUCAGUCGCUAUCAAUGGCGUUGAUUCCAUUUCUGAUUUAUCGGCACGAUUCCUUACUGUAAAGGAAGAGGUCAGGCGGGCUUCUUUGGUGCCCGAAAAUGGUGGCAUUUUGUCUCAUCUUUUGUCCAUCAUGUUGUCUAAAAUCAUGUUUCGUAAACAUGGUUACGUGGAUGGGAACGAUGUAGAAGCCAUACUUGCUAGGGUUCAAUAUCAUCUCAAUGAAAAUGAUUUGGACAAUGCAGCACGAGAAUUAAAUCAAUUAAAAGGAUGGCCGAAAAAGCUGGCUGAUGACUGGAUUAAAUCAGCCAGGAAUCAUUUGGAAGUCAAACAGGCAAUUGAGGUUUGUGAUAAUCUUAUUAAUUCCUUUCGUCGUGACCAAAUCAAAUACUCAAUUAUUUCCAACCCCGGAUAG